CAGAGUAUGAACAUUGCACUAAGUGCUUAUGAUUCGCCCUGGUAUAAUUGGACAAAGAAAGAGAGGAAACUCAUUGAAAUUAUUACAUUUCGAUCUCAAAGGGCUUCGUACUUGUCGGCGGGAAAGUUCUCCUAUAUGUCGUUACACGCCUUCUCUUCAAUUUUGUCGUCAGCUUUCUCGUUCUUCACUCUUUUACGACGUGUCGUGUAA